AACCAGUACCAUCCUGCCAGUAUCCAAACCGCCUGAUGUCUGUACCCAGCCUGAUGAACUGAUCCAGCCUGAUGAUCCUAUCACGCCUGAUGACCCAGUGCCCGCUGUCAUGCCUGGUGACCCGAUGCCUGCUGUCGAACCAGACGAUCCAGCGCCAGAUGACCCGGUGCCUGCUGUCGAGCCAGACGAUCCGGUACCUGAUGACCCGGUGCCCGCUGUCAUGCCAAUUGACUCAGAGCCCACUGUCAUGCCUGAUGACGCGGUGCCCGCUGUCGAGCCAAAUGACCUGAUGCCUGGUGACCC